UCUCCACUGCGGAAUCCUUCACCGGCUCCAUCUCCAGUUCAGAUCUACUCGACUUCGUGGAGGACGACAUCUGGACCACCGGCACCCAAUCAUCCGCCGGCGGUGGCGUAUGGAGCCUUCGGCGAUGUAACGGUGGCUGGGACCGCCCCAGGCAUGUCGGCGGAGCUUCCCUGAAUUUUGAGGCGGCGGAGGAGGAAGCGACUCUUCGCAGGCGGCGCAGCGACCGAACAGCUAGGGAGGCAGCGAAGUCGGCGCCGGUGAGCGUUCCGGGGUGGGGAAUGAUGGGUGGGUCGGCGGAGGCGGAGGCGGAGGUGGAGGAGGAGGAGUGGGUCCCGCCGCAUGAGUACGUGGCACGGGUGCACGGGAAGACGGCCGUGGCCACUUCGGUGUUUGAAGGUGUCGGCCGGACGCUCAAGGGCCGGGAUAUGAGCCGGGUUCGUGACGCGGUUUGGAGUCGGACCGGAUUCUUCGGUUGAACCAUUUCUUUGCGAUUCUUCCUCUAAACAAAUGAGAAAAUUUGCAGAUGAUUGUAACUAGUUUUUCUGUGCUUUGGUGUUAUUGAGCUUCAUGCGGUGGCCGACAAUUGUUGGAAUAUUAAUUAUUGUUAAUGUUAAUAAUGAUGGUGAUUAUUAUUGUUGUUGUUCGAUUAGUUC